UUUGAGACAGGUCUCCCUCUAUCGCCCAGGCUGGAGUGCAGUGGUGCAAACAUAGUUCUGUGCAGCUGUAAAUUCCUGGGCUCAAGUGAUCCUCCCAUCUCAGCCUCCCGAGUAGCUGGGACUACAGGUGUCUACCACCACGCCUGACUAAUUACCUCUUCUUUUGUAGAUACAUCAGCUACAUGGAAGCAGAAAACCAAACAGGAUUUUUAGAGUUUAUCCUUCUCGGACUCUCUGAGGAUCCAGAACUGCAGCCGUUCAUAUUUGGGCUGUUCCUGUCCAUGUACCUGAUCACGGUGCUGGGAAACCUGCUCAUCAUCCUGGCCAUCAGCUCUGACUCCCACCUCCACACCCCCAUGUACUUCUUCCUCUCCAACCUGUCCUGGGUUGACAUCUGUUUCAGCACCUGCAUCGUCCCCAAGAUGCUGGUGAACAUCCAGACCAAGAACAAAAGCAUCUCUUACAUGGACUGCCUCACCCAGGUCUAUUUCUCCAUGUUUUUUCCUAUUCUGGACACGCUACUCCUGACCGUGAUGGCCUAUGACCGGUUUGUGGCCGUCUGCCACCCCCUGCACUAUAUAACCAUCAUGAACCCCCGCCUCUGUGGCCUCCUGGUUUUUGUCACGUGGCUCAUUGGUGUCAUGACAUCCCUCCUCCAUAUUUCUCUGAUGACGCAUCUAACCUUCUGUAAAGAUUUUGAAAUUCCACAUUUUUUCUGCGAACUGACACACAUCCUCCAGCUGGCCUGCUCUGAUACCUUCCUGAACAGCACGUUGAUAUAUGUUAUGACGGGUGUGCUGGGCGUUUUUCCCCUCCUUGGGAUCAUUUUCUCUUAUUCACGAAUCGCUUCAUCCAUAAGGAAGAUGUCCUCAUCUGGGGGAAAAGAGAAAGCACUUUCUACCUGUGGCUCUCACCUCUCCGUCAUUUCUUUAUUUUAUGGGACAGGCAUUGGGGUCCACUUCACUUCUGCGGUGACUCAUUCUUCCCAGAACAUCUCCGUGGCCUCGGUGAUGUACACGGUAGUCACCCCCAUGUUGAACCCCUUCAUCUACAGCCUGAGGAACAAGGAUGUGAAGGGGGCCCUGGGGAGACUCCUCAGGAGGGCAACUCCUUGUCUGUGA